CCCGAGGUGCGUGGUGCGUUCUCCCGGCUCCUGGGGCGGCUCUGACUCGCGAACAUUAUUUAGAAACCAGGAUCUGGGAACUGGAUGGGCUGAUUGCUACUGGAUGUCUUUGCUUUCAGGCCUUCACUGCAAACAAAGCUAGGUUAAACGUGUGGCCUUAAAGAACCAGAAGCCCAAAGGAACCAAUAUUCCUGCUGCACAGAGUCCCAUCUUUAGUGAGGCUGUUUUGGAGUUAAUAUUAUGACCAAGGUGCUGAGCAUGGCCACUGUUUUGAGCCCGAGGCCUCCACAGGAGCAGUUGGGGCCAGUGAUUGUGAAAGCUGAGGAGGAAGAGAAAGGGAAAUGCCUUCCUAGCCUGGAGAUGUUCCGCCAGCGAUUUAGGCAGUUUGGGUACCAUGACACUCCCGGGCCCCGGGAGGCCCUGAGCCAACUCCGUGUGCUGUGCUGUGAGUGGCUGAGGCCUGAGAUCCACACUAAGGAGCAGAUUCUGGAGCUGCUGGUGCUGGAGCAGUUCCUAACCAUUCUGCCCCAGGAGCUCCAAGCCUGGGUGCAGGAGCACAGCCCAGAGAGCGCUGAAGAGGCUGUCACUCUCCUUGAAGAUCUGGAGCGGGAACUCGAUGAACCAGGCCACCAGGUCUCAACUCCUCCAAAUGAACAGAAACAGGUGUGGGAGAAGAUGUCAUCUUCAGGAGGAAUAAAGGAAUCCCUGAGUAGUGUGCAGCCACAGCCAGUGGAGACCAGUCACAAGUAUGAAUCUUGGGGGCCCCUAUACAUCCAAGAGACUGGUGAGGAGCAAGAUUUCACUCAAGAUCCAAGAAAGAUUCAAGAUUGUAAAUCAAAUACCCAAACUGAGGAAUCAACAAAUAAGCAGAAAGGUUCUGAAGAGGAAUCUUGUGCAGAUGGACUCAAAAGAGAUAUCAUUCCUGUGAGUUUUGCUAAUAAAUGCGAGGCUAGGUUAGAAAGGCAGCAUGUAAAUCUUGAAAAGGAAAGAGGAACAAAAACCCUCAUUAAAGAUAGAGGAUCCAAGAAAGGUACAGAAUCAGUUCCUACUAAACCUACCCCAGGAGAAAGACGUUACAUAUGUGCUGAGUGUGGAAAAGCCUUCAGCAAUAGCUCAAAUCUUACUAAACACCGGAGAACACACACUGGGGAGAAGCCUUAUGUAUGCACCAAGUGUGGGAAGGCUUUUAGCCACAGUUCAAACCUUACCCUCCAUUACAGAACACACUUGGUGGACCGGCCCUAUGACUGUAAGUGUGGAAAAGCCUUUGGUCAGAGCUCAGACCUUCUUAAACAUCAGAGGAUGCAUACUGAAGAGGCACCAUAUCAAUGCAAAGAUUGUGGAAAGGCUUUCAGUGGCAAAGGCAGCCUCAUUCGCCACUACCGAAUCCACACUGGGGAGAAACCAUAUCAGUGUAAUGAAUGUGGGAAGAGCUUCAGUCAGCAUGCAGGUCUUAGUUCACAUCAGAGACUCCACACUGGAGAGAAACCAUAUAAAUGUAAGGAAUGUGGGAAAGCCUUCAACCACAGCUCAAAUUUUAAUAAACAUCAUAGAAUCCAUACUGGGGAAAAGCCUUAUUGGUGUAAUCAUUGUGGAAAAACCUUCUGUAGCAAGUCAAAUCUUUCCAAACAUCAAAGAGUCGUCCACACUGGAGAGGGAGAAGCACCGUAACUGUCAAGUAUGCUUUUUGUUGUUUUUGGUUUUUUAAACCUCAGAACGUGAAUGCCAGGGGGAAGCCCCGUUGUUACAUAUGAACUUCAGUGAUAGAUUUUGCUUCACUCAACAUGGAGAGAUGCUGAGGAGUGAGUGCUCCACAAUGACAUGGUAGACAGAGGUCUGCAGAUGGUGACAGCAGGUUACAUACUUGCCAGCUGGCUGGGGUACAGUCCCUGCCCCACAUUUUGGGUCCUAGGAGACCAUGCCAGCAUUGCCUUUUGUGUAGUUAAACUGAUAUAUAUCUAGUGAAAUUAGAUACUUAAGGAAAAAAACAUUAAAACCAUUUGACUAUUUCAACAUAUAUUCAAGAAUUGUAAUUUGUAAAGGAUUGAGCCACAUGGACACAGUUCAAUCAGAUUCAAAAUAAAUUUAUAACAUCUUGUAAUGCCUCCUAUUCCUACUGAUUUAGCUUUUAGAAAGUUUGGAUUUGGGGCAAAUAGAUUUUUGAUACUUGUGAAUGUGUAUGUUGAGGAGUUGAGGUAGGUAGAGUAUGUAUAGUAGCUGCAUGGUCUGGGUUGUGUUUUUUCCCCUGCAUACUGAGUACACUUUUUUACUAUUGGUAACAUUUUGUGAGCCUUAUGUAUACAUUUUGGUGGCACAUACUGUCUAUGCCAAAGUAUGAAAAUCACAAGUUUCCUUCUGAAACUCCAGAAGUCAUAUACAGUAUGAUUACCUUAAGUCCAGCCUGUCUUUUCUCUCUGACUGCAGUCUUGGACCUCUUAAGAUAUUUUGCUUUGUACCUUAUAAUGUUUUUUGGCCAGGAUGUGCUCCGGUUUACCUAGAAACUGAACUCCCUCCUUCCAUCACCUGCUUAGCUUUCUAUUAUGACAGGUUUUUCUGCCUCUGAUAAGUUAGUCACUGUAAUAAUCUUUUCACUUACUGCGGCACCCUGCCAAGCCAGGAUUCAGGACAAUAAAGUUUCAUGUCUAACACCAGUUCUGAUCUCUAGAAACUGCCCUGUAUGCCAUCUUGGAGAUCAGAUUAGGCUCCAGGUGAUAAGUCUUCAUGUACUAGCCAGAUUUAUUGUGGGGAGAGUAAGGUAUUGCUGAAAUAGAAUCAGUGGUUUUUGAAAACUAUAAUUUUCUUACUGUUAACAGUAACUUGCUAGAGAUCUAAAUGUCCUGCCAGCACCUGAAAUUCAGUACAUUUACUAGUGACUGUGUUUGUAUAUUAACCAUAAUGAAGGCCUACAAGAAUUACUCUUUAGCAACUAAUUGUCGAUUAGGCAGUACCCCUGCUGGAGCUGCUCUUGGUGGGCACCAGAGGGAAAUGAAGAAUCCCGCUAAGCUGGAAGG